AUGGCUGCGGCUUACAUAAGCAAAUCUGCUCAUUCAACAGGAAACACGACAUCCCGAUCAAAAACACGCAAUCUCGAGACAUUUACUCUGCUAUGGCCCGAUGCCGAUGUCGAUGCGACUCAAGAUAAUUUCGACACACAACUCAAACUGAGAGGUGUCAUCAACUGUUUGCAGACGUUUGAAGUUGUCGAUGAGUGUGAACACCAUAUUCGAGAGAUGAAAGAUGAGAAAGUGGUGUUAACAGUCUCUGGUCGACUGGGGUGUGAAAUAGUGCCGGAAGUGCAUGAUCUCCGUCAGAUUAUGUGUACUGCAUGGAUGAAGAGAGCAGCAAGAAAUGGUCACAACACUAUACAAAAGUCAAAGACUGCACCAUUUGCUUCCAUCUCACAUAUGAGUUAUUAUGAUGACGAAGGUGAAGUAUUGUUCAUUCUCGGUGCUGUGUUUCGAAUUGAGAAAGUGGAUCGUGAUGGUGGUGUGUGGAUGGAUGGUGAGGUUGGUGCUGUGCAGUCAAGCUGA